GUCCGAAAUAAUAUUCCACCGCGCCGCAUCACGUGUUCCCACGCCGGUCCCCUCACGGUACCAUUGGCUCCACCUUGGACAGCUAGCCCUGGACCGCUGUAGGAUGUGCUUCCCAGAUAGUGACCACCAUCUUCUCAGAAAGUUCAGAUCUCAGAAAGAUGGCUGAGAAGCGCGAGAGGGACAUAGAGGUCCUCAUUACUGGCUUUGGCCCAUUUCUCAAAUUUUCGGAGAAUCCAUCCUGGCUCGCGAUCAAGGAUCUGCACGACAGCUACCUCGAGCCGUUGGCGUUGCCUUGUGGCGCACAGGCAGGUACAAGAGGGCGGAUCCACAUACAGACGCUCCAGACGUCAGUCUGCUAUUCCCACGUUCUCGACCUCGUUCCACGCAUUCACCGACAAGCAAAGCCGGCAGGAAGGGUGCACCGCCCCUUUCUCGACCCUCUUGGUGAAAAGCCCGAUGAGUCAGGCCGAGGGCCGCAGGGAAACGGUCGUUCCUUUCCGGAAGGUUACAACGUUCAGCUGCCAAGCGAGGGCCGCGCAGCAUUUGACAUUGUCAUCCACGUCGGCGUAGGCCGACCAGGGAACAUCGCAAUCGAGAAGGUAGGGCAUAAGCGAGGCUACGCAAAGCCAGACGUCAAGGGCGAGCUGGCGCCGCCGGCAACGGACCAGCACAGAAAUAUGCUCCCUAGCGGACCCACCGAGGCCGAACGAGCCGAACACGACAAUUUCCUGAAAGCGGGCGUGGCGCCCACCGAAACCACUGGGACGUCGAUUGUUCGCGGAUUCGGAGAAGGGUUCGAACAAUUCCCGGAAGAGCAGGUCAACGACGUCGACGUCUCUGCCUUGGUCGACUGGUUGGUCAAGGAGAAAGGCCUCGAAAACGUUCGCGAAUCGCGAGACGCCGGUCGAUUUCUGUGCGACUUUAUUUACUAUUGCUCCCUGUCCGAAGCGCAAAGGUCAGCAAACUCCGAAGGAGAAAAAACGACGGUUCUCUUCGUUCACGUUCCCCCCACCGGCGAACCGCACGGGACAUUAGAUGCUCAAGAGACUGUCACAUCCAUCACCUCUUGGCUGGCUUCUUUCAGACAUCAUCGACGUUGAGUGGGCAUAGACUAUCGCAACUCUGCUGUGCACAAUGCUUGAACAAA